UCACUGCCGCGGGCGGAGGGAGGGGGGCAGUAACAUUUGUGAAUGGCUUCCCACCGACCGGGAUGUGGAGCGAUAUAUAAUGUUUUAAGAGCACUUUAGCAGAUGUUGGUUUUAUUCAGAGUGACGUCCUUCAGGGCUGGAUUGUAACAGGGGAGCGAUGUCGGACACCGAAGGCGCUCGCAGUCCAGACCAGCUGAAUAGAUUCGAGAAACUGACACGCAGGCCGCCGCACGGUGAGACGUUAGCAGGUCACCGUGCUCCCCCAGCCCGCAGUGGGCACCGCUGUGUUGCGGACAACACUAACCUGUACGUGUUCGGCGGGUACAACCCCGAUUACGACGAGUCCGGAGGCUCGGAGAACGAAGACUACCCGCUGUUCAGGGAGCUGUGGCGGUACCACUUUGCCACCGGCGGCUGGCAGCAGAUUCGAACGGAGGGCUACAUGCCCACAGAGCUGGCGUCUAUGUCGGCUGUUUUGCACGGCAACAACCUCCUGGUGUUUGGCGGCACUGGGAUUCCCUUUGGCGAGAAUAACGGCAACGACGUCCAUGUCUGCAACGUGAAGUAUAAGCGAUGGUCGCUGCUCAACUGUCGGGGGAAGAAGCCCAACAGAAUCUAUGGACAGGCGAUGGUCAUCAUAAAUGGCUUCCUCUACGUGUUUGGAGGGACGACGGGUUACAUCUACAGCACAGACCUGCACAGGCUGGACCUGACCACCAGGGAGUGGAUUCACCUCAAGCCCAACAACCCUCCAGACGACCUGCCCGAGGAGCGGUACAGGCAUGAAAUAGCACAUGACGGACAGAGGAUCUACAUUCUGGGAGGAGGAACGUCCUGGACAUCUUACCCUCUGGACAAGAUACAUGCUUACAAUCUGGAGACCAACUCCUGGGAGGAGAUAACAACUAAACCGCAUGACAAAAUAGGUUAUCCUGCUCCGAGGAGAUGCCAUAGCUGUGUACAAAUCCGAAAUGAUGUAUUUAUCUGUGGCGGCUACAACGGGGAAUUGAUAUUGGCUGAUCUGUGGAAGAUCAACCUGCAGACUUUCCAGUGGAGUAAACUACCGGCUUUGAUGCCUGAGCCGGCCUACUUCCACUGUGCUGCCGUCACCCCAGCCGGCUGUAUGUACAUCCACGGCGGCGUGGUGAACAUCCACGAGAACAAGAGGACGGGCUCUCUGUUUAAGAUCUGGCUGGCCGGGCCCAGCCUGCUGGAGCUCUGCUGGGAGAAGCUGCUCAAAGCCUUUCCCCACCUGACUUCACUCCCCACCAUGCAGCUGCUCAACCUGGGCCUCACACAGGAACUCAUUGAACGCUUGAAAUAGGCCGCACAGUGGAGGACGGACACGUGAGUGGCUGGGACAGGCUGCACUGGGAGGAGUUGAGGUCUGACAGCAUUUCAAUUUGCAGCAACGCUCUCUGGGAAACGCCCUCUCCCUCCCCUGCCUGACGUAGCUCCGCCUUAAAACCAAAAACAAUGGGAUGCCUCUUUUUUUUUUUUUUUUUUUUUCAGUGAUAAAUUAAUUAAAUGUGGAAUGUUUUAUGGAUUUUAUUCAACACCCCUGCCCCCUUACAAGAUGCCUUUGUGUCAAGCUAAACAUGGAUGCCCACUUCUUAUCCUCCAACAAUCACCGGAAAUACUUCAUUUUGCCAUCUUUCAAGGACUGUCUUUCAUGUAAAAAAGAAAAAAGAUCGACCUUCCCUAGUACUUCUAAGAAAUCUGUGUGAAGGAAGAAUGCAUGUGUAUUUAUUUGGACUACCCGCCUCCCUCCCCCCCAGUUUCCCUCAUUACCUGAAAUUGCUGUUUGCACACUUUUUGUCUUGCAUAUAUGUGGACAUGUACUUUUUAAAAUAGAUCUUAUCAGUCUAAAUUGUGGCAGACAGUAGUUUUGCUGAAGGAUCAUAGCAGUGUUUUUGCACAUUAUAGCCAAUUUAUUACAAAUCUCAUGUUUUCCUUUAUUAUUUCCCAGGCAGCAUUUUUAUUUACGGUAUGAAAAUCAACUUUUAGAAAUUUUGAGUUGCUUUAAAUCUUUGCAUAGUCAAUCUUAUGGGGAUUUCUGUUUUAUUGUUGAAGUUAUGGUAAAUUGCAUUAGUUUGGCAUAAAAUAAAGCCGACACCAACCUUAAAUGCAAUUCGAAUUGGUUUUCAUACUAUAAUGAUGGUUAUCAGUUAAUUUAGUUUUUAAGUUUCAGCUCAAGUAUGGGGUGCCUUGAAAAUGCUCAUGAGUAAAAAUAUUUGUGGAAAAUUAGCUAAAACUUGCAGAAACACUGUACGCUCUUAAUUAUUGUACGGGGGAUUCAAUGCUGGAUUAUUUUAUGUUUGAGCACUUGUAUCUCCUGUAUUUUUGCAUUACAGCCUGUUGUGGAAAAACAAGUCAGUAAAUGUUUAAAGGUGGGUUUCUUCCAAAUGGUUCAGUUAACAUGCCGUUUGCUUUCAGUUCUCAUUCGUACAGCAAACCAUUCAACACAUCACUGUGAAUCUGGUGCUCUUUAAAAUUAACUCGAAAUGCUUUUAUUCAAAUAAAGACUUCAUUCUGUUACGAGAUUUACUCGCUCUCUGUUGUUGACACAAUGUUUUGCAAAGGGAGUUGCUUUAGUAGCAGACUGAUAUCAACAUUGUUUUUUACUGCAGUGCCUUUUUCAAACUUAGAGGCUGACAUUUCAUUCAAAGGCAGUAUAAGAUCUUCGCACAGUUAAACAAAUGGUUGAUAUUGUAAAUUGUUUUAAGAAAGUGGACAAUUUAGCUAUUUUGACCAAGCCCUUACAUACAAACAUUUCGGUGAAAUAGCUCUUUUGCCUUUUCAUGGAUGUGGAGUUUGUAUUCUGCUACUGGACGGGAGCACAGCAUAUUAGGCCUUUUGAGUAUUAGUUUCCUGAAGUAACUUGUUAAAUACUUGGCGUUUCUAUGUUUGAUUCAUAAAACCAAUGCCAAAUAAUUGAACCAUGGACAGGAAGUCAAAUGCUGAAUUAGGGGAGACACAUGAGUGGAUGUUGCUGUUUGAUCUGCCUGCACUUCUUUACAUUGUCCCUUUUAUUUAUGUUCAACAUUAAAGUACUUUGUGCAUGAUGUAAUUUCCUGCUUUUAAAUUUAACAUCAAACCUUUGCUAUGGGACUUGGUUUUAAAGAUGACCACUAAAAUGUUGUACAGUAGGCUGGUGUGAAUGUUGUGUUGGAGUACUGUCAAUAAAAGUAUUCUGUAAAGAGCUCUGCCAUAACACAA